CUGAGGUGCGGCUUCACUCAAACUCAAACCACUGCAAGGAAAAGACGACUGUGCGCAGUUUGGGAACAUCUUUAUUCACGAUACGAGACGGUUUUACUUGCCGUCAUUCGCGCUUGCUGUUAGAAUAAAGGAUAGAUAUGCUCGGACGUGUGUUUCAGAGGAUGUCAGUACUAAAUUUAUCUCUUAAUCUGAUUUAAACGUAAACAUUUUGAGACUAGGCGAGACUCUCCUGUCACGGUACCGCGUAAAAACAGCAGGUCUAGAAGCGGAUCAGCAGCUCUGACUGUGUCAGUACCGAGUUUUUACGGGUCAGUCAGUGAACCUGCAGCUCUAUCAGUGUCUGCGCAGCUCGGCUCAGCUCUGCGCUGGCAGGGCGGCUCUGGAUCACAGAGGAGAGCUGAAGAAACACUACCUGGUUCACACUGUUUCUUGUUCCAGAGGAGGCUGCUGUGAAAAGUGGCUGCAUGCACUGUGAAGUAAACCAUGGAGACAAAUGGGUCACCAGAGCCGUGUGAGGGCACAGCAGACACUGGUGAGGUUUCUGUUAAGGGAUUAACACAGAGCUGGAUGAAAUGGUCCAGUGAUCAUCAGGAGUAUCAAAAACAAAAUCCCUUCAGCAACGACAAGGCACCGGCUGUGCAGCUGCAGCGGGGUCAGCAGGGCUACGGCAGGCCACCGGAAGGCUCUAAAACAGAGCAGAGAGGGCAGGACGCUCACUCGCAUGUCAGCAAGGAGGUUCAGGAACUGUGUCAGGUCAUCCGAGAAAUUGGCAAGAGGCAAGGGGACGGCAGACCAGCCGUGCAGUUCGGAGCACUGUUUGAACACUAUGUGAGCGUCUCUAACAAGGUAGUAGGUGUGCUGCUGCGAGCCCGGAGGCAGGGGCUGGUUCAUUUUGAGGGGGAGAUGCUGUGGCAAGGAAGAGAUGACCAAGUGCUAAUCUCACUGCUUCAGUAACUGAAUGUGAGGAGUGACGCUGUGUAUGUAAGAGAAGAAGCUGUGCAAAUGAACAAUUAGCCGACAUGUCUAGACCCUGGAGCAGAGGUCAUCAAUUCUGAUCAAAGAGGGACAGAGUCCAGCACAGUCUGGAAAUAAGGGGUUAAGUAGGGAAAUACACCAAAACUUGUGCUGGACAUCAUCCCUCUAGGACUGGUAUCAAUGAUCUAUACCAUAGAGCAAGGAUGUCUAUUCUUAUCAGCAAAGGUCAGUGUGGUUACAGGUUUUCAUUCCACCAAAGCAGGAACACAUCUCACCAAGUGUUUCAUGACUGAGACCAAAUUAUUUAAUGAGUAGAAUCAGGUGUACUUCAGCUUGUUUGGAAUGAAAAUCUGCAGCCACACCAGCCCUUUGUGGACAACAUUGGACACCCCUGCCGUAGAGCAUGUUUUUAAGAUUGAGAACAUUAGUUAAACUAGACAUAUUAGCCUUAAUUAUCUUGUAAUUGCUAAGAGU